UUUUUUUUUUUUUUUGGGCUAAAACCCUAGCCGGAGUUCUCCAUUAAGUCAUUCUAGGGCUUCAUCGUCUGUUGGAAAAUUUCAGAACAGAGAUGAAGGCAUUCGAGGUUGGUGGUACGACUCUCGCUCUUGCGCUUUUCGCCGAUGUGUCCAACUCCAAAGAACUUCUGGAUUUGAUGCAAGCAGGAACACUGGAACCAGAAGUAGCAUUUCUCAAUGCUUCACUAAUACCCGAUGUUUUCCCUGUCCUCGCCGCUGCUCAAAAGACAGUGAUAGCAAAAUCUCGAGAGUCUCUCACUACCCGCACUCUUCAUUCCGAGCUCGUUUACAAUUACUCCGGCUCUAAACAUAUAUCCGAAUCAUUGAAGAGGUUUGGCAUAUCCGAAAACACUAGCUACAUCCUCGCGGCUCGUUUUGGCGCCACCCCAAGUGAGAUGAUGGCCGUGAAGGAGCUCAUCAAGGGGACUGAAAUUGAGCUGGAGGAAUUGGAAAAGCGCGCUGACCAAGCCCAGAUACAAAAGAAUUACAAAAUUCCAGCGCCAGAGCUCGGGAUAUCGUCACUUCCGGACGCCAUAAUAUGCAGGAUUGCUGCAAGAGAUGCCUUGUGAAGAAGAAGAUAUCAAUCACCAUUGUAGGGUCUGGCUGGUGCUUUAAAUUAGUUCCAUGGUCUUCUUGUGUCUGUUGAAUUUCAGAGUUCGUGUUGCCACUUGCUUGAAGAAUUGUUAUAUCUGUUAUUUUAUUUGUAAUACAAAUUUUAUAAUGACUUGGAAGCUUAUUAA